UGCAGCAACAUGAGUUCAGAACAAGCUGCAAAAUCAGCUUGAGAAGUGAAGUAAAAUACUUCAGUGAUUAGUCUGCACUGAGCUCUGUGGUACCGUAUUGUGCUGUAAGAUUGAUACUUAGCUGGUUGGAUCAUCAUGCUCAAUGGAAAAGACUUCAUUCUAUUUGCAGACCUCUGGGAGACCCCAUUUGAUACCUCCUCCCAACUAAACAUUGAACCAUUGAUGACUAUUCAUUGAACAUAAUGAUCCAACCAGCUAUGCGUCUACCUUACAGUACAUCCAUCUAGUCUGUAUUAGCUUGUUAAUAAGAAUGUCAUGGAGGAUAGUGUCAAAAGCCUUGCUAAAGGCAAGGUGUAUCACAUCCACUGCUCUUCCUCCAAUCCACAGAGCCUCUCUCUCCUUAUAAUAGAAAAAAAUCAGGUUGGUCAGGUAUGGCUUGCUCUUGAUUCAUGCUGGAUGUUCCUGAUGAUCACCUUGUUUUCUUCUAGGUGCAUCACAACAGAUUCCUUGAGAACCUGCUCCAUGAGCUUUCUAGACUGUUUGUCUUACACAGCUUUAGAUGUUUUAUCAAAAAGAUGUUAUGGGAAGCAAAGGUGUAAGAUUGUGGUCAGCCACAAUGAUUUUGGAAGUCCCUGCCUUCCUGGAGUGAAAAAAUACCUUAACGUCAACUACACAUGUGUUCCUAAAAUCAUACUUACAGCAGUUGAUCCCAUGGUUGCUAAUCUAAAUCCUACUCUGAAUCAGAAAGAUAGCGAAUAUGAUAUCAACUUUGACCCAAAAGGAUCAAGGAGUCCAAAGAAAGAUGGAACUAUUGUUAGCAGCUCUCUGGCUACAUUUGCCUACAUUCGAGAUCACCCUGAAAGAGCUGCUUUGCUGUUUGUAUCCAGUGUCUGCAUUGGUUUAGUCUUCACACUGUGUGCUUUGGUGGUACGAGUGUCAUGCACUAAUGACUUCCAAAGACUGCACAGAAUCAGAACUCACUUUGAGCCGGAAAGCGAUCAAGCAGAUGGGAAUAGUGAGAACGACGAGGAGGAAGAUUCUUCAGAUUCAGACUUUCCAGAUGAACUCACAGGAUUUUGCAGGACUCAUUACUCAGGUUAUAACUCAACAGAAGCAGCGGAACUGGCUGAAAGAAUAGAACGCAGAGAACAGAUAAUACAAGAAAUCUGGAUGAACAGUGGGUUGGAUAUGACCCCUCCUAGAAGUAUUGAUCCAUUUUAUAUUCCUAAACAAUAAAACAUUUUGGAUUAUACAAACUUUUUUUUUUUGAAUGUACCUUCUGUGAAGGAACAUUUGUAACUAUAUAUAAUUAUUUGUAAAAUAAAAAGAUAUAUAUAUAAUAAAAGGGACAGUUUCAAACUCUAAAUUGCAACCUAUUCAGGAAUAACGUCCACAAGCAUUCAAAACUUGUAUUUUGUUUUACCUUUUUGACUAUGUGCAAUUGAACUCCCAUGUGCGAGUUAAAAAUACACCUUUGCAGUAAGAAAAGUAUAGGAUAACCAUGUUUGUUCUGGCAUUUGUGUUCUGACAAGGCUUAUUGUUUAACAGGUUAAUUAGUGCAGAUUGGUAUAACCCUUAGGAAAUGCAAUGUGCUUUAUCAGGGAGAAUUUUUUUUUUUAUUAUCAGAGAGGCAAAAAUGACAAAAAGCUACACACACAUGCCUGAGGCUGUUCUGUUUCAAGCCCAACAUUUCAUGUCAAACUGACCUUGCUAAAGGUAGGGUCAAAGUCAACUCAAAAGGUUUAGUUCAUAGGAGGUGUAUGCAAAAGAAAUCCAGAGGUAACCAAGGUCUGCAGAAGGCCUAGAAGCUAAGGCAGAGUGAAGCCUUGUGUUUUGUAGUUAGCUACUUCCCUUUUUGGCAUUGGAAGUCAUUGGGAGCACAUACAGGGCUAGGCUGUGAUCCAACCGCAAGGGCAAGGGCAAAGCUGAGGGCAGAAGAGCUGCAUCACAAAAGAAUUCAAGAGUUUGAAAUAUGCCUGUUUUGAACCAGAUUUUUUAGUUUUCUAUGAGGGAAAAUUUCCCCCCUAAAUUUUAAUUCCUGGUCAUUUGAAAUGUUUCCUUUGAAUUUCAUUGUUUUAUUAUAACAUAAAAUAAUAUAAAAUAAACACAAACUAAAACAAACAGCUAUUGGUUUAUUUCAGCUUUGGAGAAACAGACGUUCUGGCAGUUUUCAUUUCCAAGACAAAAUUCAAGUGAAAUCAAUCAUUUCACAAGGCAGUUAUGAUUUUGCCAGAUCAGCGUGCUCUGAAGGCACAGGGCUCUGUGCACAUUUUCUGGCUCACAGAGAGCAGGCCUUGACUUCAGAGGCAGGCCCCUUGAUUUCAGUGGAACUAUGGUCAGGAAUAAAGUGCUCCCUACUUUACAUGUAUGGCCCUGACUUCAGAUCUUUUUACAUAUGUACAGCCAGCAUAUGACUGGCCCACUGGAAAAAAAAAUCCACAAGUAGAGAAGGUAUGCAUUAGUACCUGAAUGCCAAAGGAAACCAGGAGCCUUCAGUGUCAAACUGCAGUGAAAAGGAUAAAAAUAAAAGUAUUAAAAGAUACUUGUCUGGGACCAGGAGUGGAUGGAAAAUUUUGAAAAUGGGGAGUAUGGUAGAGCGCUCACUAGUGCAUGAUGGAAGCGAUCAGCUGCAGAGACCAGAGCUCUGGGUAGUGGAGAGCUCCCCAUGUGCACCAUACAUCGCACUUUCCUGGAUCCACCCCUGCCUUGUUACUUUUGUGCAUCCCUGAAGUACAAGAAUGAAAGAACCUUUAAAUGCGUAAGAAAAAGUUAAUCCCCACUUAGAAUUAACAGCAUGUUAAGGUGUUUUUCUAAUUGAAUCUUGUGACAAUUUUUUAAUGCAGUUUCAUUUGCUAAUAUUAAAGGAUAUAUGUA